GUUUUUAAUGAUGAAGAAAACCGAAUCGGCCAUGCAACGGCAGCGAGAGCAACCAUUAUAUUCACCUUUUAUAUUCACAGUGAGUCUAUUAUUCCCAACAAGGAAUAUAAAGAAUAAAGAAAAAGUCGGCUCGAAGAUAAGAUUUUGUCAACCAUUAACUUCAAAUGUUUAGUCGCCGGGAUGCGCAAUCUCAAAAGUCGAACGGCACGCAUUGAAGUGAUAAAGAAUAAUUGGCUUUGCCCACAUAAAACAUGAGCGGAUCGCCCGAAGUCGAAGAAAUACCCCUUCGAAGCGGAGUCAUCAGAAGGAGUAAUUUAAAAGGUCCGACUCGAGUAUUUCGGUUGUGCGUUUUGGGAAUACUGCUCCCUUCGCUACUUUUAGGGAUACCUUUGUACCUGAGAUACCGUGUAUACGGCAAUCAGUUGUACCCUUUGGCGAUGUCGGACAUGCGCAUGUUGGACAAUCGAGUUUCGACCACGUGGUGUCAGAGGCAGAGAAUCAAAACCAACGCCACGUUCAAUGCGUUUUUACUGGCCACUGCGCCAAAGCUGGCCAACCAACUGAACACUCUUUCCAUGGUCAGACAUUUAAUUUUGGAGGACGAUUUUAAAGAAUACUGGGGAUUUUAUCUGCUCAAAGGUUCCUCGGUCACUGUGAAUACGUGCGUGAGAUGGCCCGGUGCCUCGUUGAUAGUUAUCAGAGGGCACAAACAUCUUCACGAGUGCGCCUACAUCGGAGACGAUUCGUCGGAGGAAAUGGACGAGCUCAUGGAAGCCGUCAGGGAAGGCACUUACGUAGGCGAUGGGCAAGAUCUAGAAGGCUUGGGCGUUUCGAACGAGUCGGUAGCGAAUGAUCCCGAUUUAAUGAAACGCCACAGGGCCGAUGUUAAGUUUCACAGUCCCUUACACGAACUGAACAAGGAAAAUUACACGCUACCCAACAACGUCGACACAUCGGACUUAACCGACUCGAAACUUAUGAAAACCAUAUUGGAAGCGAUACGCUUAAAACAGAAAAAGAAAAAGGGCACCAAAGCCGAAGAGGUCCAUCCCCACUUCAAAAGAAACUCGACGAUAGCCGAAAUGGAAACGGAAAAUAUCAACAUUCAGGCGCCGACCGAUCCUGUGGGCGUUCCUGCGACCUCGCAGGAAAUAUUCAAAGAUAUUUUCGAAAGAUUGCGAAAUCUCGGCGAGAAAGGCGCGCAAAUUUUGGAAAAACUGAAUCAGCAAUUCGUCGGAGUGAAUAAAACUCACGAGCAUUCGUUCGGCACCAGGGGGCGCCAUUAUCACAAACCCGUCGUCCAAUACAACGAGAACAUCGACGACGAGAAGCGUCGCCGUCGCAGGGCCGUCGAAACGGCCUACCACGACCUCAACGAAGACGACGGAGUCAACGAUCGAGGUAUUGAGGAGGGAUUUACCCCGCGUCCCGACGGCAUCGCCGAACACAGGGGCGUCAUUAACGAGACCACGGAUAAUGACAUGAGCAACAGCGAGUUUUGGUCGUCGUUUUCGAGUUCGGAAGAAGCGCUGUUGAAUUGCGCGGGUUUGAUUCUAAAUUUGCCCCUCACGCCCCACCACAACUGUCGCCGCGAAUUGAGCGAGACCCAAGCCGAGGAGACUUAUCUGGCCAACUCCAUCACCUACAGGGUACCCGUCAACGGUUACUACUUCUUCGUCUUCAAUAGCGAGAACGAAGUGCAACCGAAUUACAUACGAGUUCAGUUCCACUUGAACAAGGCGGUGUACGACGUUUCGAAUCCGAUCGCCUCGUGCAGGAACAGUUCGGACGUGUGCGAGGUGGACUUGAACUUUUUCUCGUCGGAAAAACUGGUGCUGGAGUUGCCGGUCAAAGAGAACGAGACCCUGUGGAACGAAGAGUACAUCGUGGAGUCCGAGUGCGAACCCAGAACGGCGCUCUACGCGAUUUGCGUCGUUACCGUUCCCGUCCUCGUCGUUCUGUUCGCGUUUUCGUGAUGUCCAGAGUGAUUUUUAUCGCCAAAAAAUAAAUACCUAAUCCUUAAAUUUUGUUUAUUGAAAUCGCAAAUUUUAUAUUAACUUUUUCCGAAUCGUAAAUAUUCAUGACUUACGGCUGGAAAUUUUAUCGGAGAACAAAUACUUUCGAAAUUUUCUGAUAUUAAAAAAUUAAUAAAUCGUACAUUUAAAAUAUCGAGUUAGUAUCAAAUUUUCGAGUUAACAGAUCAAAUUUUACCUUAAACGUUUUUCGAAAUUUUAAAAUUUCGAGUUGCACAUAAUUUUAAAAUUUCAAAAUUUCGAGAUAAAGCACUAACCGUUGCUUUAAACGAUUUCUGAAAUUUAAACAUGUCGAACUGUAGACCAAAUAAAAUUUAAAUUCCCGCUAUAAAAACAGUAAA